AUGGGUAUUACGGGAUCACAUCCACACAUUUAUCAUCAAUCCAUGAGCGGUUCAAAGAAAUAUCAUCUUUAUCGUCGUGGUGUGCGAAACAAAUGUUCACUGUCGGCCCGUUUAUCUUGCAAACCUUGUGCAGAAGAGAAAUUUUUUCCACCACCUAUCUUGCACACUAAAUUUCAUGAAUUGAAUCCUAAUUCUUCGGUCAUAAGUAUUUUUAGUGCUGCUGAUACAAAUCAGAUGGUGAAGCAAGACUCUGCUUUGAAGAGUGACGAUAAGAGAAGGAAAUGUCCGUCCCAGGAACUUCCUGACACUUCGACGUGUAAACGCAGAAAACUUCCCUUUCCAGUUUCGAGAAAUUUUUCAAAUCGAAAAUUUUCAUCUCAAAAGGAUUCGCCAAAGCCAAAAAUCGGCGUUAGGUUAUUAUUAACUUCGAGUGUAUCAUCAGGAGUUGAUUCCGUUUCGGAAGAAUCUGAACUCGAUGUCGAGAAAAUCAAGAAAAAAGAACAGCGUAAUGAUGAAGUCAGUUCAAAACGUGGAAGUGAAACCUGUGAGUUGGUCAACAAACACUCUGCUCAAACAGAUCUGCAUAUUCCUCGUUGUUCCCUAGAUUCUGGUGCCAGUUUCGAUGAAGAAGAUGCCAAAAAUGCGGUUUUUGAUGAUAGUUCUACUUGCAAAAACUUUGAAACCGUAUUCGAAGAAAAGGAGAGAAGUGAUGAUGGCCCGAUGAAGUGUGUUCCAGUGUAUUUCAAAAAGUCAUCCUCCAAAUGCAAAAAGAUUCGAAAAUUUUCGUUAGUAAAACCUUUCCAGAAGAUGAGUAAACGAACCACUUCACUACCAUCCGCACAUUUGGCGAGUUCUUCGAAAAGUGAGGUGUCAUCUUCUCCAGCAUUCGGUAGCAGUUAUCUGAAUCGGGAAUGGGAGAUUGUGACAGUGCGGGAGAUGUGCCGACGAAUGUCGUUGGAUCAGCUAGACAAGGUUGUUCUGCCUCUUCCGGAUGGUGCUACUUCGUCGCAAAUCCUAGAUGAAAUUAUGAUUAGGCAGAUGGUAGAUGUACUGCCGGCUCGUGCUGCCGGCUAUCCAUGGAUCAAUAUUUAUAAUUCCGAAAAACAUGGUUUUUCAUUACACACUUUUUAUAGGAAAAUGAUAGAUUGGGACGAAGAAAUGUCACCCAUACUGUUGAUAAUUCGUGAUUGUAAGAAGAAUAUUUUCGGUGCUGUAGUUAGUACCACUGUACGUCCAUGCGAACACUUUUUUGGGACUGGUGAUUCAUGUUUUCUUUACAAAUAUGCGAACGACUUCGAGACGAAUGAAAAAGUGCUUCGCAUUUAUCCAUGGAGUGGUGUAAAUCAAUUUUUCGUAAAAGCAAGCAUGGAUUCGCUAUCAAUUGGUGCAAGUGGCGGCCAUUACGGGCUUUGGUUGGAUGCAGAUUUGAAUAAUGGUCGUACACAAGCAUGUGAAACAUUUCAAAACGAGCCGUUAGCUGGUGAGAGUGAAGAUUUCGCCAUACAAUUUGUGGAAGCCUACGGUUUUCGUAUGGAAUAA